GUUCAGCACGUGUGAUUUGUUUGGGUUCAUUUUUUUACCAUAUUCGUGGACCGGUGUGCAGCUUUUAUAUAUUUUGUUACUUUUUACUAAAAUUAUAAUAACUUAAACGUUAAAUCACAAUGGUCUUCUUUACUUGCAAUCACUGUGGUGAAUCCGUAAAAAAACCGGCUGUGGAGAAACACUACAAUAGAAAAUGCCGAGGUGCCAUGAAGAAUGUCUCAUGUAUGGAUUGCCUCAAAGAUUUUCGUGGACAAGAGUAUGUGGCACAUACAAAAUGUAUUUCAGAAUUACAAAAAUAUUCCGGUAAAGAUUAUGUACAUAAAGAAGCCAAGAACAGUGGUGCUAAGAAACAAGAAGGCUGGAUGGACAUCAUACGUGCUAUACUUGAUUCCAACGAUUACAAGCUAAGCGGUCAGGCGCGUGAGGCAUUUGAAAGCUUAAAGAGUUUCGACAAUGUGCCGAGAAAAAAGGCAAAAUUCCAAAACUUUGUAAAAAAUUGUCUGCGUAUGCCCGUGCGGUUGGCGGCAGAAGUUUGGGAUGUGCUCGAAAAAGAGCUGGAAAAGAUGAAAUUGGCGAAGCAACAAGAAAAUGCCGCGGCAGCAGCGAAGAAAGAAGACACUUCUAAGCAGAAUGGUAUAAAACGAGAAGUAGCUGAGGAAACUGUGAGCGAAGAACCGGUUAAGAAAAAAUCCAAAAAGAAUAAAGCAGAAAAUGGCAAGCCACAAGAAAAGGAAAGCGACACCGCUGAAAGUGUUAAAACAAAAAAGAGGAAAUCAAAGAAGCUGGAAGUUGAUGAUGCAACGGCAAUAACAGCUGAAUCAAACGGAACCGAUGAACCCGCCAAAAAGAAGUCAAAGAAGCAAAGGAAGGAUGUCCAAGAGGCAGGAAUCGCUGAAGAAGAAGCUCUAACCGCUGAAUCAAAUGGAAGCGAUGCACCUCCCAAAAAGAAGUCAAAGAAGCAAAAGAAUGAUGCCCAAGAGGCAGAUAUCGCUGAAGAAGCCGCUAUAACAGCUGAAUCAAAUGGAAGCGAUGCACCUCCCAAAAAUAAGUCAAAGAAGCAAAAGAAUGGUGUCCAAGAGGCAGAUAUCGCUGAAGUUGUUGCCAAUGAUACAACAUUAGAAGCCAACGGUGAAGGUAGUAAUGAUUUUGAAUGGAGUGUGGUGUUAGAUAAAAUUGUACGAAAGAGUGAUGACGGUAUUGCCAUGGAAAAACUUAAAAAACGUGUCUUGAAAAAAUAUGCCGCUCAAAUCGGUGCUGAAGAAUUAACAGAGAAGCAGCAAAAGAAAUUUGAAAAGAAAUUCUCCAAGAACUUAAAGAAGUGCGCAGAAGUGCAGGUGAUAGGCGAAGUUGUAAAAGCGUGUUGACGUUUGCUAAUUGCAAUAAAUGUAGUUGCUUACAAAUUACCUAUAAUUUCUAUAAGAUUUUGUAUACUAUUUAAGAACUUUAAAUAGUUUCUAACUUUACACA